CACAACUCAACAUUCUCAGUCGAAACCUUACUUUCUAAGCGGAAAGAUGAACUCCUCCUCGUUCGUCCGUCUGGGACUCUUGCUUGUCAUCCUUAGCUUCGCGGCUGCUCAUCAGGAUACUGAAGGAAAUACUUGCAUGAGAAAUGGAGGAUACUGCCAGACACAUUGGGAGUGCUGCUCCAGAAAAUGCUUGACCUAUCUCAACCAGUGUGCGAAACGGAUCGGUUCCUUAUAUCCCUAUCCUCAGGGCCAGGAUGUGCCCCAUCCAAAUGGGCUAGAAAUUGGUGGAGAAAAUGAACCAGUUAACACCUAUGAAGACGAUUUGCAAAUUGUGGGCCUUCCCAAUGAGUCACAGCCCUUGGGUGAGACGUUCGACAUUGUACGCCAGAAUGAAAUUUCUGGGUCAACGGAGCCCAAUAAGUGCCGCAACGUUGGUGAAACGUGUUAUCGGGGCGAGGAAUGCUGUACAAUGCGCUGCCACUUUUAUAUGCACAAAUGCGUAACAUAAAUGAACGUAUUUUUAUAAUAAGAACAUUGCCAACAAAUUGUAGUGCAAUAUAAUAAACGAAUUUUACUCCUGCA